AUGGAAUCUAGUGAAUAAACAGCCGACACUGUUAUACAAGCGGAGGAGACUAAAGUCAGUAGAUUUAAAAACAUAAUCUCAGCAAAUAAACCUAAAACUGAUGGAGCUGCAAAUAACUCAUAAACAAAUGUUUUAGAUUAAGAUCUGCUAAAAUUCAGAAUACCAUUGCACCUUGAUCAGCUAUUGUAGUUAAAUGUUGAGCAUUUAAGAGAUGUUAUUGAGGAAAUAAUAAAAACUAUGAACAGAUAGCAAUUCACUUUGACUGGUACAAGCUCAUCUAUUUUUAAGUGUAAUUCUACCAUUCAUGACAUGAAAAAAGAAUUCAAAGAAAUCAAGCACGAGGAAAAAUUACAUGGUACUUUAAGCUCUAUAGAGAACCUCGCUUUAAAUCAAUAACUAAUUAAGCGAAACAUAUCUGGAGUUACUUCAAACUAUGAAGAAAUUGAGGAAAAAAUCAAUGAUUUAGUGAAUAAAAUACAGGGCUUUGAAUUAUUGCGCUAAAGUUCUAAUAAAUUACCAGAAAAUGGCAUGGACUUUUCAUUCGACAAUAGACAAGUUUCGCAGUAGUUUAAUACCAAUGUAGAGGAUAGAUUGAAGAAGUUGGAAGAACAGAUCUUAAAAAAAGCAAACAUUCAAGAAUCUUAAGUCUCUAAUAUUAAUCCAAUAUCUAAUGACGAUAGUGUAAUUCAAGAACUUAUUAAAAAGUAGGAAUCAAAGGUUCAAAUUCAUCAACAAUAAAUAGAGGGUCUUUAGAGGAAUAAUCAAAAGACACUUUCAUAGAUAGAAUAAAUAUUUAAUGAGCUCUAAAGUUUAAAAUAAUCACUUGAUAGUAAGGUUAACAAAUUGUAGUUUGAUCAGGAUAUUGCAGCCCUACAAAAAAUAAAAACACCUGGAAUAAUGUAAAGAAAAGAAUAGAGUAAUUAAAAUGUCGUUACCUUUCAAUAAGAUUAAUUAAACAAUCUGUCGGAUAUAAAUAUUAAGCUAUUAAACCACGAGGAGUCAAUUAAAGACAUCAUUAGUCAUUAUAGCAAAUAUAAUUUUGAUGACUUCUUUGCCAAUCUACAACACCUAUAAAAGUAAUAAACUCAAGAUAAAGAACAUAAUCUUAAGACCUUUGAUUAAAAUAAGAUAAGCAUGGAUCAGCUAUAAAAGUAGAUAAACAACAUUAACACAUUCGUCCAAAAUACAUAAUCUAAACUAAACUAGUUAAAUGAUUCAAUGAACAAAUAGUCUGUUAUCAAUGAAAAUUUUGCAAAUAAAUUGCAAGAAAUUGUUAGAGGAAUUCAAGGCUUGAGAUCAUAAAGUGUAACAUCUACUAAAAUUCCUGAGACUAACUACACAUCCAUGAAUAGAAGUAGUUAAUUAGAGGACUAGGAUUUAUUGUUUGAAAUAAAUGAUGAAAUCAGGUAAAUUAAGGAGGAAUUUUAAAACUUUAAGAAGAGUGGGGGUAGCUUUUUGAUAUCUCAGAAUUUGCAAACACCAAUUAAUCUAGACUAGGCCUCAGCUGUUUAGCUAGAAUAAUCUAUUGUUGAAAGAGUAAAUCAAGCACUUGCUUAAUUUGGGCAAAACUUUAUUCCUAAGGAUGAUCUGCAAAGGAACAUUCAUUAGGUUGAAAGCAAUAUGAAAUAAUAUGUUGAAAGAGCAUUUACAAAUAAUUCUCCUAGAAGAGAUGACUCAGAUGAUGCGAUGUUAUCAAGAAAACCAUUAAAUGGCACAUUUUGUGCCUCUUGUGAUAAGGAAUUAGUUAAUUUGUACCAGAAAUAGAAUGAAUUUUAGAUUUGGAAUAAAAUGCCUUUUAGAAAUCCUGGAGAGAGAAUAGCAAAGGUGGGGUAAGGAUUCUCAAAGAUGCUCGCAAUGGUUUCACCACAGAGCACUAUGAGCCAAUUAAAUAAAACUUCUUCUAAGUUUAUCCCCAACUCAUCUGUGUAUAAAAGUCUUACUAGAGUUCCCUAAUUGAAGGAUAUUUCAUCCUAGGACUUUAUGAGAAUGCCAGAGACCACAGAUUCGAAAAGAGAUUCAAGCAGAAAUAAGUUUGUACAAAAGAAUAGGAAACUAAUGACGAUGAAGAGACCAAUUGGAAUUAAAACAGCAAAUAAUUCUGAUGAUGACAUGAAUCCCAACAUCUUAGACCAGAGUUCGAAUUAACUACCAUUAAUUGCAAAGUCAAGGAGAAAUCAAGAUUAAUCAUAGAUGAAAACCUACUUGAUAUAGAUAGAAUGA